CGUAUUCUACUCUGAAUCGAUAACGGUGGUAGUGACACGAAAAUAGUAAGAGAAUGGUAACAAUGUUCCACAAAUUUCCAGAUUGCAGCUAACAAUAAUUAACAGAGUUUCUCAUGAUAAAAUUUAAGAGUACUAGACUGUUUUCCAAAAAUAGACAGGGUCAAAAAUACACAAUAAUAUUUAUGGUUAUAAUUGAAUUUUAUGAAAAUGAUCGACGAAAGAAUGUUUCUAUAAUGGCUUGAACCACUAGGACAGUUGGUUCAAUUACUGUACGUAACAUAACCUAAAAAUUUGUAACUAGGAUGUACAGGAUGUUUCGUACAGCAAUAAACAAAAGAUUACUUUAUGCGAAUCUUAUUCCACUUUCCUGGUUCAAUUUAAAUCAAAAUUCUCCCGAUGAUCAGGAAAAAGAAGAUCUCGCUGUAAAACGGGGGGAAAUUGGUAUGGACAGACUAAAAAAGAUGUUUUCUUUAAACGAGUAUGGUGAGAUAUCCAAAGAGAUGCUAAGUAUCAUAAACACAACUACAUCGGGCUUUAUAGGUGGAUUUUUAAUAGGUGGUACAAUGAAAUCAAGAUUUGUACCACGAAGUUUCAUAGCCGAAAAUCAAGUUACCAAGUUUCAGAAUGUAUAUGAUGCACAACAGCAAUUACGAUAUAACUUCGUACGUGAAUUUUUCAAAGGAGGUAGAAAUCUUGCUAUGAAACUAGGAGUUUUUUGUUUUCUAUUCCAGGGCACAUUCAUUUGUCUACAAGUAUACAGAGGCAAACAGAGUAUGAUUAAUUACACAUGUGCUGGUGCUGUAACUGGUUGCUUAUUUAAACUCAACAUGGGAAUUAGAGGAGCAAUUUCUGGUAGUAUUUUUGGCGCCAUACUUGGUUCUAUGUAUGGAUCUAUAACAUUUUUGACAUUGUAUCUAACUGGAUUUGACACGGAGAGCGUAUACAAUACAGAGAUCAAACUAAUGGAAUCAAGAAAGGAAGCAAUAACCAGACGAGCAAAAGCUUACAUGGGUAGUGAAGUAAUGGGCACAGUUGGUGAGACAGACACAUUAGUAACAGAAUUGAAAAAAGAAGACAAUAAAAAGUAAAAAAUUUUAAAAAACAUUUCAUUACCGAGUAAUAAAAAUGUAAUAUAUUUAAGUGACAUAUGUGCAUUAAUCUGUAUAAUUUUUCAAUAAUUUAAUAAUUAUUAAAC